AUGAUGUGGGAAUUGUGGAAAAUGUUUCUCAAAGUACAGUUGCCAUGGAAUAUCAUAAUUCCUGCUGAAAACUUGGAUGCUAAAGGGUUGAUGCUUCAAAGGGCAAUCAUCAUUCGUCUGAUGGAUGAGUUCUCUAUUAAGAAGGCCACGAAAGAUCUUGGUUAUUUUCUUGCGGUGACAACAUUAGAGAGCAUUGGGGAAGGGAAGGUUAGACAAAACUCAGGGGAUGUACUCUUUCCUGUUGUCUUCAGUUGCAUCACCUUCAGGAUUUACAGGGGAGAAAUCUUAGAGGGAGUCGUUCACAAGAUUUUGAAGCACGGAGUUUUCUUGAGAUGUGGGCCUAUCGAGAACAUUUAUCUCUCCAAUAAGAAAAUGCCGGGAUAUGAAUAUGUGCCUGGGGAAAAUCCCAUCUUCAUGAAUGAAAAGAUGCCGAAAAUUGAGAAAGAUGUGGUGGUGCGCUUCAUUGUGAUUGGGGAGAAGUAUAUAGAGGCUCAGAGGGAAUUCCAAGCAGUUGUUAGCUUGGAGGGGGAUUUUCUUGGGCCCGUUUCUUAA